CUAUGGUUCGCACGCGUACAUUCUCCUUGCGCACGUAGUUCGUAACGCAUUAUAACUAUUUAAAAAAAGUGUGCUUUUUUAAAAAAAAAAUAUUCGUGUUUGAUCUGACGGAUUUUCUCAGUGGCUUGUGUUGUGUUGAGUUUGACUAAGGUGUUAAUUCUAUUUACGAACAAAUUCGAAUUUUAAGAUGGCGCGCUGGUGCGCUAUGAUGGCGCUGUUGGCCCUGAUGAUAUGUUCCAGCGCCACGGAGAGCCAAUCACGAUUCCAGGAGGUCCUAUCGUCCCAGGCGGAUUCUGAUGAGAUGGUAGCCAACCUGCUGCGAUGGAUACAGGGAAUAUAUCAACAAAGGAAUAGGAAAGCUCGCCAGUACUUUGGAGGUAAACCUGAAAAGCCAAGACCGUUCGAGCCUGCCAUGUAUUUGCCACCUACGGGCUAUCCCCCAGCGGGGACAAGGCCAUCACCGGCAUAUAGUGAUGGCCUCGGUCCCUCCCCCACCAUCCCGUCCCUCCAACCCAGCCAGCCAUCGCCAACCCCAAGCCAGCCUUUUUUGCCGCCAAGUAGUCCGCCAGAGCAGCCACCUUAUCAACCAAGUCAACCAUCGUUUUCAACAAGCAAUCCUACUUACAAACCGAGCCAGCCUACUUACCAACCAAGUCAACCUACUUACCAACCAAGCCAACCUACUUACCAACCAAGCCAGCCUACACAACCUACAUAUUUGCCAAGUCAACCCUCGCAACCUAGCCAACCAGACUAUCAACCCAGCCAACCAAGCCAACCUGACUAUCAGCCAAGUCAACCAACAUCACCGCCGUAUCGGCCAAGUCAACCAGCGCAACCUUCUGUUACACCAUCAUACGAACCCAUCGUUAAUACUAAAGCACCCACUGUUGUUAUUACUCCACCAGUGCCUGUUGACGAUGAUGAAGAUCGCCACCCCCCUCACAUACAUGCUAUCACAGUCGAUUGUGGCAAGGAAAUGAUGACAAUCAAUAUAGAAUUCAAUAAACCAUACAACGGACUUAUAUACUCUCAGGAUCAUUUCAGUGAUUCAUCGUGUGUUUAUGUUCGUGAAAACUCAAACCAAAUCAAAUUCUCCUUCACUGUAAGUUUAAAUAAAUGUGGCACGAGGUUCUUUAGUGACUUCCAGAAUGAAGGUCAAGCUUAUCUAGAAAACGUACUUGUCUUGCAAAACGAGCCUGGUAUACAAGAAGUUUGGGACCAUAUUCGUAGAGUCAGGUGUUUGUGGGAAGGUAAUCUAACAAGGCAAUUAGUAUCUUCUGUCAGCGUUGGCAUGUUGAAUCAAAUCACUAGCAACUUUAGCGGAGACACCGCAAUGGCACGAUUAGACAUUCAAACUGGUCGAGGACCUUUUGCUCCAGAAGCGAAUGGUUUAGUUAAGAUCGGAGAAACCAUGACUCUGGUUGUAACUGUAACAGGCGAUGCUGGAUUCGAUAUAUUUGUUAGGGAAUGUAUAGCCCGCGAUUCAGAUAGCAGAAAUGUCGUGCCACUGACAGAUAGCAAUGGCUGCGUAUUGAAGCCCAAACUCUUCGGAGCUUUCCAGAAGACAAGAGACACGGGAAAUACUGGUGCUUCUGUCAUUGCUUUUGCGUACUUCAAUGCAUUUAAGUUCCCCGAUGAAAUGGACUUGAUUAUACAAUGUGACGUCGAGUUGUGCAAGACUGAUUGUGACGCGUGUCCGAACCCUGGAAGCUUAGAGCCAAGGAGGCGAAGACGAGACAUAAUCCACGUUGGAAAUAGAACUAUUGAGCCCUCUACUACAAUAAGUAAAGGUCUCAGAGUGGUCUUCGCUGAAGAUCUCCCCACGCCUUCCGGAUUCUGCGUUUCUCCCUCUGCCGCCAUGUGGGGCAGUAUUCUGGUAUUCCUUGGCUCUUUAAUGAGCAGUUUAUUGGUUUCUUUUUGUUGGAUCAGAUCAAGGGGUUCAGUUAAGUUUACGUAAUUAUUAAGAAAAUGUACAUACUUGAAGCUACAAAGAAUAAUUCCAUAAGAUAUUUAUGUAAAAAUAUUUUAAAUAAUCUAUAAAAGCAAUUUUAUUAUUUGUUAAUGAAAUGAAGAUAUUAAGUAGUUAUAGAUACUCUUAUCUUAAGGUUUUUAUGCAUAGCUUGAUGACACGAGGUAAGCUAUUUUUAUUCAGUAUAAGCAUCUUUUAGAUUAAACUUUUACAUAGUUACCUAAAGUAGAAAUGUGUGAUUAUUGAUUAAUGAAUGAGUCAUAUAAGCGUAGCUUACUUAAGAAACACCUGUGAUUCGUCCACUCUGUGUCAUUAUUAAAAACUUGAAAAAAUAUCUUUAUAAUAUGCCUUUACGAUUUGAAAAGGCUGAUUUUUAAAGUGAAUGCGAGAAAAUUGUCCUUAUCUCCUAGAUUUUAUAAAAUCAGAAAAUAUAAAACCCUGUAAUUUCUGUGUUACUACGAUCUUGCGAAAUAUCUGUAUUAUUAAAAAGUAUUGAUAAAUUAAAAGUGAAUUAAUUUAAUAAAUUAAUAAAAAGUUUAUUUAUUAAGGAUACAAUUUUAAUUUCUGUGAACAUUUUAAUUUAAUUUUGUAUUGUAAAUAUAAGAACAUACUAUGUACAAAAAUAAAUUUAAACUAAUUAAACGGUAUUUUUAUUUAUUAAGAAAUAACAAAUGUUAUAAUCAUCGUCAGCUAGAUCUGAGAUAAAGGAAUGGUCAAAAUCUGGUAGAUAGCUUUGCUCCACUUUUAUAAGUUACAUAAAGAAUCAAAUGAUUAUGAAACUAUAUUAGAAUGAAAGCCUAAUAUCGACAAAGUUACUAAAAUUCAAAGACAAAUAGUUAUCUUUCCGAAUAUAAAAAAAUAUUCACUAGAUACAGAAGAAUUGGAUUCAAAAUUCAAAAAUUCAAUUCAAUAUCAUUUAUUCAGUCUAGGCUGUUACAAGCACUUGUGAAUGUCGAAAAGCUACGCCAUCGGUUCGCAAAUCUACGGCGGGAGACCUUGUACUGAGAAGAACCGGCAAGAAACUCAGCAAGGGCUGUUUUUUUCUCCCUGUAUUAUAUACAGAGUCGUCAAUUGGUGUGAUACUCUUGCUUCUAGAUCACCCCAAUACAACAGAAAGAAAACGCACAACUAUAUCUGUAUCAUAUCUUACAUUAUAGUAGGUAUAUUAUUUAUAAAUUUUAUGGAUUUUACUUUUAACAUAAAUAAUAGUGACUUAAAAAUAUUUUUUUAAUAUUUCACAACAGAUUGUUAAUACUGCAUUAAUCUAGUUCGAAUAUUAAGAUUUUCUUCUAUUUUUAAUAAUAUUUAAUCAGUUUCUGCUACAUCUCUUUUAAAACUCUGACUCUUUCAAAGUACGAUAUUCUUCAUUUUAUGGAAACAUAAAACGCAUUUCUAUAUCGAUACAUAGUCCUCUUUAGAUCUUUUUUUUUUUUAAUUUAUUUACUUGGUUUAUUAUUUAAGAAAUAGACUUUGUAUAGCGUCAGCAGAUAAACCUUUAGUCUCGGGCAGUUUGAGUAUCGCGUACACAGUUCCCAAGAAGCAAACAGCGGAGAAAAAGUAGAAGACGGGAACCAGACCGUAGUUGUCCACCACGGGGUUGAAGAUGAACAGCGUUAUGAAGUUAACUACCCACACGAAACCCAUGGCAAUGCUGUUGCAGAAACCUCGGACCU